AUGACUCCACAGUCUUUCAUAAAUCAGUUGACAUACAAGCAUGUCUACCCCUGGGAGGCCGACCCCGCCAAGCUCGUCGUCCGGUACCUCAUCGCUAGCGGACCCUUUGGAGACAUGUACCACGGUGUCUAUGACGGCCUCGAGGUCAUCGUGAAGUUGCUUGAUUGCAGGGAGGAUGGUUCAAGGAGUCAAAAGGAAACAACAGUAGCAAGAGCAGCUUUUUCCCAAGGAGUCUCCGUCUGGCACAAGCUUGAUCACCCAAAUGUAACUAAGCUUGUCGGGGCUAUAAUGGAUGCUAGAGAUCUGAAUAGUGAGGCAGUAGGUGCAGAUUUUGUCAUGACAAAUGAUGCACGCUGUGUUGUUGUGGAGUAUGUUGCUGGAGGCACACUAAAAACAUUUCUGGUACGUAACAGGAGAAGGAAGUUAGCUUUCAAAGUUGUGGUCCAGAUAGCUCUCGACCUUGCCAGAGGAUUAAGCUAUCUUCACUCAAUGAAAAUUGUGCACCGUGAUGUGAAGCCUGAAAACAUGCUUCUUGACAAAUCAGGAACUGUAAAAAUUGAGGAUUUUGGUGUUGCUCGCAUUGAGCCUAGAAACCCCAACGAUAUGACAGGCCAAACAGGCACCCUUGGUUACAUGGCACCUGAGGUUCUCAACGGCCAUCCUUACAACAGGAAAUGUGACGUUUACAGCUACGGGAUUUGCCUAUCGGAGAUAUACUGCUGCGACGCGCUGCACCCAGAUCUGAGCUACUCGGAGAUGAUAGCCGCUGUCGUCUCUCAGAAUCUGAGGCCGAAGAUACCGUGGUGCUGCCCGAGCGCAUUCGCAAGCAUAAUGAAGCGGUGCUGGGACGCGAACCCCGACAAGCGGCCGGAGAUGGAGGAGGUGGUGUCGAUGCUGGAGGCGAUCGACACAUCCAAGGGCGGGGGCAUGAUUCCUGAUCAGGACAGAGGAUGCCUCUCGUGCUUCAGACCGCGCAGGGGCCCUUGA